AAAUAUCAAAUUCUUAUCCUAAUAAUAUAAGUCAGAACUAAGUGUUUUAUUCCUAAAAGUCAUUCCACCGAAGAGUUUUAAAAAGAACUACUUAUUUCUCACACACACACACAGAUAUAUAUAUAUAUAUAUAAAUGCAAAAUAAGUAGAGAGAACGUAUCCCCUUGAUUACCUGACAGCAAAUUCGUGCCACGUCUAAUUAUAUAUCUUCCUUUUCAUUCAUUCAUAAGCCAAACGCGCCGCAACUGUGAGGUUCAAUCUAUUUCAGUGUUUUUUCUUUUCCUUCUGGUACAAGAUUCUUAUCUCUUAUCAUCUGCCUAACAUCAUUAUCAAGCAACAAUGGCCAGCUCUUUCCCUCGCUCACUGACCAGUAUAGCCAACACUGCUCUUCACCACACCAGAUCUGAGCAGCUGACUGGCAUAGUUUCCAACUCAGUGACACGGCUCCUCUGCACAUCUUCAACUGAGCUGCAACAAGAAAACCCUGUCAAGAAACAAGCACAAUCACCUCAAGAAUCACUCCAUGAUGAGAGCAAACACAUCCAUGAGCAGGAAGAAGAUGACGAAGAUGGUGACACUAUUAACAAAGAAACUGGUGAGAUCGGUGGACCCAAAGGACCUGAGCCUACUAGGUUUGGUGAUUGGGAACGCAAUGGUCGCUGCUCUGAUUUUUAAGUAUUUACUUUGCUUGUAUAUCUUAAAUAAUGGUUGAGCUUGGAUCACUUUAUGCACACCCGCCUCAAACUAAAAUCAUGCCACAUUGAAGGAAAGAGAUGGUGGCUUUCACUUUGAGGCGAAUAAUCCUAAACAUGCAUAUAAUUUAAUUUCAAUAAUAUUAUACGAUUUUUCUAUUUUGAGUUCUGAUUUUAUGCAAGUGAUGAUUAUGUAAUUGUGUUGCCUUUUGAUUUA